AUUAUUUUAGUUUUUAAAUUGCAAAAUUUGAUAUUAAAUACUCUUUCAUCUUAAUACUACUGUAGAUUGAUUGUAUUUUAAAAUUUUCGAUGUCUGGCCAAAUCAAGCCAAUAAAUAAAUUGGACGUUCAUAAAAUAUGUUCUGGUCAGGUUGUACUGAACUUGGCCACUGCGGUAAAGGAGUUAAUAGAAAACAGCUUAGAUGCUGGUGCUACUUCGAUUGGGAUUAAACUAAAAGAAUUUGGUAAAGAUUUCAUUGAAGUUACAGAUAAUGGAGCUGGGGUUCAUCCUGAUAAUUUUGAAGGACUUGCUUUAAAACACCAUACGUCUAAAAUUACAGACUUUUCUGACUUGACUUCAGUAGAAACAUUUGGUUUCCGCGGAGAAGCAUUAAGCUCAUUAUGUGCUUUAAGUGAUGUAACAGUGAUUACUAGACAUUCAUCACAAGAAUGUGGUAUUAAGUUAGUGUUUGAUCACACAGGAAACAUUAAAAUGAAAGUCCCUAUUGCUAAACAAGUUGGAACAUCUGUUACAUUGUCUAAUUUAUUCUAUUCCUUGCCUGUAAGACAUAAAGAGUUUCAUCGAAAUUUAAAAAAAGAAUUUGGAAAAAUGAUCCAAGUAGUAACUGGUUACUGUUUAGUCGCUACGAAAGUGAAAUUGUCGUGUGUUAAUCAAACAAAAUCUUUAAACAAUGUUCUUCUAUCAACACAUGGAAGCAACACAGUAUUAGAAAACAUAUCAUGUAUUUAUGGUUCUAAACAGGCUAACAGUUUAUUAGUUUUAAAAAAAGUCAUUCCUGUUGAUGAAGAAGAUGAUAAAUCAGAUAUUUUUGAACUGGAUGGUUACAUAUCUAGUUGUGAUCAUAGUGGAGGUAGAAGUUCUAAGGACAGACAAUUUUAUUUCAUAAAUUCUAGACCUUGCGAGCCUUUAAAAGUUAUAAAAGCAGUAAAUGAAGUUUACCAUCAAUACAAUCAAAAUCAAUAUCCAUUUGUCUACUUAAAUAUAACUAUUGCAAGAGCUGAAGUAGAUAUUAAUGUGACACCCGAUAAAAGACAAAUAUUUUUAUCUAAUGAAAAUAUCUUAAUAUCAAUAAUUAAAGCCAGUUUGAAUAGUUUGUUUGAAAAUAUUCCGUCUACUUACAAGAUUAAUACAUUAUUGUACGAAUCAAUAUCAACUAAAAGGCCUUACGAAUCAACUACAGAAGAUAAAAAUUAUAAAGUACUGAAAUUGGAUAAAAAUGAUGAAUAUAAAAAUAAAGAAUCACCUAGUCAUUCGGAACAAAUUAAAGCUAAACUUACCAGAUGGAAAUCUGAUAAUUUUAAAGUAGCAACAGCUGUUUCAAGUACAAUAGAUAAAUUUCUUGAACAAAAAAUUGAGUCUAUUGAAAAAAAUACUGAAGAAUUAAUAGAAAAUGAAAUAUCUACCAGUCCCUUUAAAUGUACUGACACCAAUGACACUAUUGCAAUCAAUGACAAUGAGGAAAAAACUGAUGAACAGAAACAAGAAAGCAUUAAACAUGAUAAAAGAAAAUCCACGUAUAUUAACAAUUUAAAAAGUAAGAAUGUUGAAUCAACUGAAUAUUCUGUUGAUAAUUCAAAUUGUGAGAAUAUGGAUGAUAAUACAUUAUGCUUAAAAAUUGUUGCUGAAAAAUCAGAUUCUUUAAUAGACAUUAAAUAUGAUUCUUCACAUAAGAGCGAAGUUAAAAAUGAAUUUGGUAAAGAUAUUAAUAUUGAUUGUGAUUCGUCAAGAAUAAACACAAAUGCUAUUGUAAAAGUAGACAAUUCUAUAGCACCAAAAGAAAGAAAAUUUGUAGUAGUUGAAACUAGCCUUGAACAAAUUCAACAAAGGUUAAGUAAUUUAAGAUUUCAAAGAUCUGAAAAACAGAAAAUAAAAACACGUUUUUUUGCAACUAUUGAUCCAAGUAAAAAUCAACAAGCUGAGGUUGAAUUAAGUAGAGAGAUUUCUAAAGAUAUGUUUUCUAGAAUGAGUAUAAUUGGGCAAUUUAAUUUGGGUUUCAUUAUUACCAAACUUGAUGCUGAUUUAUUUAUAGUUGAUCAACAUGCUACUGAUGAAAAAUAUAACUUUGAAACAUUACAAAAUACAACUAAAAUUACCAGCCAAAAAUUAGUGGUACCUCAGCAAUUAGAGUUAACUGCUGUUAAUGAAAUGGUAUUAAUGGAAAAUAUUAAUGUUUUUCAAAUGAACGGAUUUGAUUUUAAUUUCGAACAAGAUGCGGAACCAACAAAAAAAGUAAAAUUAACUAUGAUUCCCAUGAGUAAUAAUUGGAGUUUUGGUAAAGAGGAUGUAGAUGAACUUUUAUUCAUGUUACAAGAUGCACCAAAUACUCUUUGUAGACCUUCUAGAGUACGUUCAAUGUUUGCUUCUCGUGCUUGUCGUAAGUCUGUAAUGAUUGGUAAAGUAUUAAACAUGGGUGAUAUGAGAAAACUUAUCAACCACAUGGGAGAAAUUGAACAACCAUGGAAUUGCCCUCAUGGAAGACCAACAAUGAGACAUUUAGUAAACCUUUCAUUACUAAAUGUUAAUGUGGAAUGAACAUAAUAUGUUCUGUUUGUAAAUUAUUUAUUUACACAUACACACAAAAAACAAUGGCAACAAGA